CCCAGACAGAGACAGCACAAAGAGACAGCAGAAGCCAGGAGAUAAAGCCAGCUAAAGCAUCACUGAACAAACAGCCUCAUCCCAGACACAGCACCAGAUCUUAAGACUGAUCAACAAGAUUGGAGGAGAUAAAUCUGAGACAGAUCUUCCAAAAGCAGAGAUGAAGCCAAUCUGUUCCAUCCUGGAGAAGAGUAAUGGCGUGGUGGUGGGAGCCGAGCUGACCUGCACCGUACGGGAGGAGAAUAAAGCUCAAAGGGAGAGCUACAGCGCUGACUGGCAUAGUGUCAGUCUCAAGACUCAACCUCAGGACAGGCAAACAAUGAACAUGAAUGACAACUCUCGUAGGGAGACCCUGUCCCGGCAGUGGGAGGCCCGUUCACUCAAACAGACCUGCCCCUCUGGUGUCUUUAGAGUGGGCACUGUGGAAAGAGGGGUGAGGGAGCACCAGCUGCUGCCAAAGAGAAAAACCCUCCCCUUGCCUAUCUUCACCCCCGCAGAGCUGGGCAUUAGGCUCGGGCGUGGAGCCCCACACACCGAGGAGGACCUGCAGCCCUUCCCUAUCCCCGACGGAGUCUGUCCCAGCAAGAGGACCGUGGACGAGAUCACAAGAGACCUCCCCCCAGUCAAGCCAACCCUCAUGGAGUUCUCCAAGGGGCCCAGAGCUCUGGGGCGCUCCAUGUCUCAAGAGGCCCAGAGAGGGUGAACAGCAACAAAAGAAAGAGGGGGUGUUAGGGAAAGACGAGAUGGGUGACAUGUGGGAAAGAAUAGUCACAGAGUUAGAUGUGUCAGGAGAGAGCAUGACAAGAUGUGUAUAGAUUUAUCAAAAAACCUUAAAUCCUAUAGAUCUUUAGCACUACCUGUGUUUCUUUGGGGGCACAGCACCAGUCAUUGUUGCCAUUUGGUGGUCAGUGGUAUUAGGAAUUUGUAUGUGAAGGCAUUGUGAUGGAGAGCCAGGGUGUGUGUUCUCAGCUGUUUCAUGGGUUAAUCUCUGCCUCAGCUGGUCAGCUGGCUUCACCAUAUCUACUGAUCUCUCAGUGGAUUCCCCGCAAUCCAGCUAUUCCUUAACUAUGCUGCAUACAGUUUCUUUUGCCUUUAUUUUGUAUUGAAAAGUGCAAAUAUCCUUGUAAGGUCAUUGAAAGUGUUCUUGGGGUUAUUAGAUUCAUGGAUUGUAUCUGCACUAGGUGAUGAGAAGAUGCAAUGAUGCAGAAAGUGACGGAUGGAAAGUGAAGUUCAGAAGGAAAAAGGGAGAGUCAGAGGGGAAGGGGAGGGCUGAGGGGUCGGGGACUUUGGAGUUGGUCGACCUCCAGGCCUCCUUAAGCUCUUGACAGUUCCCGAUCUCUGUGAAGAGAACAGAAUGCUCCGGCGUGAUCACUCACUGUAGCUGUACAUAAUGUGUGUGUGUGUUUGUGUGUUUGUUCCAGCUGACACCUCUAAAGGUAUUCGGAAAACUUAUAACCUUACUGUGUAUCAUGUGAUCUGCCUAGUUGAGCGGCAACUCCUGUAUAUCUGAUAUAAGAACAGAUACUGUUUUAGCUGAGAAUGCCUUGAGUUGUGAAUGACUUUGAAUUGUGUGCAAUGAUGUUCAAAUAUUUUUCCUAGAUAUUUAUAUUUUUAAUAAUAAAAUCUGAGCUGCUCUUCA